AGGCGAAUGAUGAAACAGGUCAGCUGACUGAUGACGUUUCAGCGGGAGUAACUCCUCGAGAGGAAGCACGUUCCUGUGAAUCACUUGUGACCGGACACCGGCAUUUGCGGGAGGACAAAAGCUGAGGAAUAACCUCUCAGAAAGUCGACUCAAUACACGAAAUCAUGCCUGGAGACCUUGCCAAAGGAAAGAAGGCGUUUGUCCAGAAGUGUGCCCAGUGCCAUACGGUGGAGAAUGGUGGAAAGCACAAGGUCGGACCCAACCUUUGGGGUCUGUUCGGACGCAAAACCGGCCAGGCAGAUGGCUACUCCUACACUGAUGCCAACAAAAGCAAAGGCAUUGAAUGGAAUGAAGACACCCUGAUGAUUUAUUUGGAAAACCCCAAGAAAUACAUUCCAGGAACCAAGAUGAUCUUUGCUGGCAUCAAGAAGAAGGGUGAACGAGCUGACCUUAUCGCAUACCUGAAGUCUGCAACUUCAUAAAGAACUGUUCACCUGCAAAGCAUUUCAAGUGCGCUGACAAACCAGGAAAGAGGCGAGGACUUGCAAUUCUUUUAAAAUCUGGCAUAACGGCAAGCGAUCUCGGACUGACAUUGUCACAGCUGUACCUGUGUUUCUGAUAUGAUCCUCCUUUGUGGUGGAGUAAAUGAAAAUCCCCUGGUUUUAACAGGUUCCUUUUCUAUAAUAAAUUAUUAAACCAUAUACUGUGUGUUCAGAAUGUAGGGACUGAAAGCUGUGUACUAUGUUGAUUAAUAGUUGUCCUCCAGAAUCUUUUGCUCAGUUAUUCUUUUUUAAUGAUCCAUUGUCUGUGCUACCAAUUGGUACAUUUUGAUUGCCUUCAAAAGAGCCUGCCUUUUGCAGACCACUGAUCUUAUUGUUCACUCAAGUGUUCUGUCUCUAAACUUGAAGCUUUUCACCUGUGCUUCCAAGAACUAAUAUGCCUUAUGCCUGUGAUACCUCAACAGUCUUUUAUGUCAUGUUUGAAUUUGUAAGGUGAAUAAAAUUGGCAAACACUA